GGUCGUUGUCAGUGGUCAUCUUCGUCAGCGUCAUUAGUCCAACAGUUCAGCAGCCGUGCGCGUGCAAACUGUUUAGAAUUCUGAUAUACAAAUUAAUUGAAUCGGACAAGAUCAUCAGCCAUAGGCCGUCCGCCUGUCCAAUCGAACACCGUGCGUGCAUGCAAAUUUUUUGGCAUAAAACGGCCGCGACUUCUUGAAAUCCGCGCAAUAGCAAUCACGCCGGGGCAACAGCCAGUACAAGCUAUCCAGCCACUAACUAAACGAAUCCAAACUAAACUAAACUAACUAAAACACGAGCUGCAAAUCAAACUGAACUAAACUACCUGUAACUGCAGUUGGACAGCGCAUUUCGUAAUCUAAAUCCAAAAGCAAAGCAAGAAUACGGGUCCGAGAAACAGCUGAAGGCAACGCAACGCCAAGUGAAAGUGCGCGUGUAUUUGUGAAGAGCGGAGGCAACCAGAAAAUUUCUUAUAACAAUUAUAACCUGCGUUGUCAGCAGAAGCAUCAGAAGCAGCUGAAAAAUAGCAGCCCCCAGCACAAAAAAGCAACAGCAAUUCACAAUGAGCGGAUACACAGACCUCACCAAACUGGAGACUAGUCGGAAUUGCCUGCGCCGCAUCGCCCGCCACGAUGAGCAGCAGUUCUCCAAAGACAGCAUCGUCAAUGUGAUGGAGAAGUUUGUGAAGACUGUCAACAUUAUGGACGACACCAUACUGGUGCCAUGCAGGCUCAUGGAUCGACAGAUCGGUGAUAGCACUGACAUUAUCCCAGCCUCGGGCAAGGACACUACCGCCAACCAGCUGACACAGAGCUCCAGUGCCCAAGGCAAGCGGGGAGCCGCCCACUCGAAGAACGUGCACGACUUCCUGAGUGCCUCCGAGCUCUUCAAUCUCUACAGCAUGCUGAACGCUCUGAAAAAGGAUCUGCUCUGGACCGCCAAUCAGGAGGACGAUGAAGCUGUCGAGAUAGAGUCCCACCAGCAGCAACAGCGCAAUGCCAGUCCCGUAUCAAAUUCCAGCGAGAGCAAGACUGAGUCCAGCAACCCGAGCACAACAUCCACAUCGAGCAGCAUUAAGGGCCAUGUGCGACGCACCUCCACCGCCUCUAUGAUGUCCACCACGUCGGUGAGCAACAUGAGCGACUCGGACUCGGAUAUCUCGCAGGAGAACGACUCGGGCCUGGAGUCGGACGGCAACAAGAGCGAUCAUGCACAGAGCAGCGAUGGCAGCGAUAUUGUGGACGAUGCCUGCCCCAAAUCGAAGCAGGCCUCCGGGGACAAGGCCACGGAGCUGGCGAAACGUUGCCGGAGACAUCUGAACGGUCUGUACCAGUGCCUGGAACAAAUGACAGAGGCGGCCAACUAUCUGACCGCCAGAUACCAAAGUGAUAUUGGGCCCGUUUAGGAGGUCCAACUCAACACCCUCUCCUUCUUCUCCUUCUAUAACUAACUAAUACUUCGAACUGGUCGGGGCUAAUCUACAUACAUACAUAUAUACACCAUAGUCUGUUUAGUGGGCGGGUCUGUUUACUCUCAUUAGUAUCGAUCGAGGCAAGGGCGAGGUCUAACUCCCACUGUUCGAGUGUCUGUAUCUAUAACUAUAUCUAUGUCUAUAUCUAUGCCUAUACCUAAAACUAUGUAUAUGUACACGAGGGGGUGCUAUGUGAGACACACGGGGAGGAUAUAUGUGUGCCAGAGGAAGAUUGUAUAAAUGUAAAACAGUUGGUAGUUAUAAUAUUAGAUAGCGCAGCAACUAAAGCAACAAAUCAACACAUUUUCUAUUCAAAUUGCAAUAAUUUCGUUUUUAUCUAUUUGUCUGUAUCUGUAUUGGGUGUAAUUGGAAUCGGAACGAGUCACAGAAUGCAAAACGAAUCAACUCUUGGCAUUCCUCCGCUUCGAGCUUGGGGCUCAACUGUACUCAAGUCUAAUCUUAAUAUAGAGGGAGCCUCAGGCCCAUUGAUAAAGUAUGAUUUAUGUUUUGUCUUAGCCUAUGCCAGAUUGUAUCUAUUUAAAGCUGCUAAAUGGGAACUGCAAACAAAAAACAACCACUGAAAGCAAACAAUGUUCAACAAGUACAAGAAAUCUAAUUUCUAACAAA